UUUUUUGGCCUUUAUCCUCAUUCAACUAACCAAAAAAUUGAACCAAACCCUAACUAAAAUAAGGGAUCCAAUAAGCCCUAAUGCAAUAAGGCUUAACAAUUUAGCCUAUAAAUUCUCCCUAUUCCCAUAGAAUUAGGGCACAAAAAUUUCAUCUUUUGAUUGUUUGAUCGAUUUUGAGCUCAUCCAUCAUCAAUGGCGGCCGAAGGUACUCGAUUGACAGGGGUUGUGUCUCGGUUCAGUAACCAAAAGGGUUACGGUUUCAUCAAACCUGAUGAUGGAACCGAAGAUCUUUUUGUUCAUCAAUCUGAGAUCAAAUCUGAGGUGGGGUUUCGUUCGUUGUAUGAAGGUCAGAAAGUUGAGUUUAUGGUGACUGGGAAUGGGGAUAAGUAUCAGGCUGUUGAGGUUACAGGUCCUGAUGGAGCACCUUUGGAUGGAGGUCGUAACGGCGGCGGUGGUGGUAGGGGUAUGGGUCGUGGUGGUGAUCGGAGGAAUGGGAAUGGGUUUUUGAGAAGUGGGGGUGGUGGUGAGUGUUAUAACUGUGGUAGGGUGGGUCAUAUGGCUAGGGAUUGUGAUCUUAUCAGUGGUGGAGGAGGUGGCGGCGGCGGUGGUGGAGGAGGUGCGUGUUAUACUUGUGGAAUGACGGGGCAUAUAGCUAGGGAUUGUGUUGGUGGUGGUGGUGGUGCUGGAAGUGGUGGAGGCGCCUGUUACACUUGUGGAAUGACAGGGCAUAUAGCUAGGGAUUGUGAUCGUAGUGGUGGUGGUGGUGGCGGCGGCGGUGCUGGAAGUGGUGGUUGUUACAAUUGUGGUGGACUUGGGCACAUGGCUCGAGAUUGCCCUAGUGAGAGACGUGGCAGCGGUGGUGGUGCAGGUGGUGGUAGUGGGGCUUGUUAUAAUUGUGGAUUGCCAGGUCACCUGGCAAGGGACUGUUCACGCGAGAGUGGUGGCGGUGGUGGUGGUGACAGAUUUGGGAGAUCCGGUGGUGGCGGCAGUGGUGACAGGUUUGGGAGAUCUAGUGGCGGCGGAAGCAAGUGCUACAACUGUGGAGAAACUGGCCAUUUUGCAAGGGAAUGCACCAGCCCAGCUGUGAAGUGAGAAAAUCUUUUAGGGGAAGAGUUGUCAUGUACAUGAUCUUCUCUUUUUCUCUUGUCUUCCUAUUUAGGAGUAUUUAAUUAAUAUGGAUAAUACAGACUUGUUUCUUUUGUUACUUUUAGUUUCCUACAUACAUGCAUUGGUAGCUUUUAGGAUAACAAAUUAGUUGUUGGGAUUUGCUACAAACUGUUUCUGUGAUGGAAAGUUUUGAUUUUUGUUGGUUAUACAAAUAUAUAAAAAGCUCGGCUUUGGAUUUGGAA